GAAAAAGUCCCAGUCAGUGGAUAUUACUGCUCCAGGGUUCAACCCUUUGGCUGGUGCAGGAAAGCAAGUGCCUCAAGCCAGUAAGCCGCCUGCACCCAAGACCCCCAUCAUUGAAGAAGAGCAGAAUAACACAGCCAAUACCCAGAAGCAUCCUUCCCGAAGGAGUGAACUGAAGAGGUUCUACACCAUUGACACUGGCCAAAAGAAGACCCUAGACAAGAAAGAUGGGAGACGAAUGUCUUUUCAGAAACCUAAAGGGACUGUUGAGUACACUGUUGAAUCAAGGGAUUCUUUGAAUAGCAUAGCUCUGAAAUUUGAUACAACACCCAACGAACUUGUUCAAUUAAAUAAGUUAUUCUCCCGAGCAGUUGUUACUGGACAGGUUUUAUAUGUUCCUGAUCCUGAAUAUGUUUCCAGUGUUGAGAGCUCUCCAUCUUUAAGCCCCAUAAGUCCUCUGUCACCAACAUCAUCUGAGGCUGAAUUUGAUAAGACCACUAAUCCUGAUGUAGUUCAUCCAAAAGAAGCAAUUACCUCAUCUACUUUUACUGGUAUUCGACCUGCACGAGUUGUAUCUUCAACUUCUGAGGAAGAAGAAGCAUUUACUGAGAAAUUUCUUAAAAUUAAUUGCAAAUAUAUUACCAGUGGCAAGGGCACAGUCAGUGGUGUACUGCUAAUUACACCAAAUAAUAUAAUGUUCGAUCCACAUAAAACUGACCCUUUGGUUCAAGAGAAUGGCUGUGAGGAAUACGGCAUCAUGUGUCCAAUGGAAGAGGUGAUGUCAGCUGCAAUGUACAAAGACAUUUUGGAUAGCAAAAUAAAGGAAUCCUUUCCUGUAGAAGUAAAUCAGUUAUCAGGAAGGGACUUCUGCCAUUCCAAGAAAAUGACAGGAAGUAAUACUGAGGAAAUAGACUCAAGAAUCCGCGAUGCAGGUAAUGAUAGUGCCAGCACUGCUCCUAGGAGCACUGAGGAGUCUCUUUCUGAAGAUGUGUUCACAGAAUCAGAACUCUCUCCUAUACGAGAGGAGCUUGUCUCUUCAGAUGAGCUGCGACAAGAUAAAUCAUCUGGUGCGUCAUCAGAAUCUGUACAAACUGUCAAUCAGGCUGACAUAGAAUGUUUGACAGUCAAAUCACAGGCUACUGGUACUCCUGGUCACUUAAAAUCAGAUACUGAACAUUCUUCAAAUGAAGUUGAGACUUUAUCUCAUAAAACUGAUUUAAAUAAUCAUAAAAUGGCCACUAUGGAAGGAGAUCCGGUUACAGAUAACUUUCAAGAAGUAUCAGGCCCUGAAGAACAAAGCACAGGUAUAAAAGGUAAUGCAGACCAGGAUUUUUUUCUUCAUGAGAAUUCACUACCUCAAGAAGAGGGUGAAAAAGAAAAUAUGCCUUGUGGGGAAGCAACAGAAUUUAAACAAAAACAAACUGUUAACAAAGGGAAACAAGGAAAGGAGCAAAAUCAGGACUCAGAGACAGAGGUAGAAGAGCUACGCAAACUCUGGAAAACUCAUACUAUGCAGCAAACUAAACAGCAAAGGGAAACUAUUCAACAGGUGUCACAAAAAGAAAUUAAGCAUAAAGUUGCACCUGCCGAUGGACAUAUAGAAGGCUCAGCACUUUUAAAAGAAAAGAGAAGGCAUCGACUACAUAAGUUCUUAUGUCUCAGAGUUGGAAAACCAAUGAGGAAAACUUUUGUAUCUCAAGCAAGUGCUACAAUGCAACAGUAUGCACAGAGAGAUCAGAAACAUGAAUAUUGGUUUGCUGUGCCACAAGAAAGGACAGACCACUUGUAUGCCUUCUUCAUUCAGUGGAGUCCAGAAAUAUAUGCAGAAGAUACUGGUGAAUAUACCAAAGAACCUGGAUUUAUUGUAGUAAAAAAGAUUGAGGAGUCUGAAACAAAUGAAGAUUCUACUAAUCAAGCAGCAGCCAGAGAAUGGGAGGUAGUGUCAGUGGCUGAGUAUCACCGCAGGAUCGAUGCUCUAAAUACUGAAGAACUGCGCACACUCUGCAGACGUCUCCAGAUUACUACAAGGGACGACAUAAAUUCAAAGCAGGUUGCUCCAGUGAAAGCAGACCUGGAGUCUGAAUCUUUUCGACCAAACCUAAGUGAUCCCAGUGAACUCUUACUGCCAGAUCAAAUUGAAAAGCUUACCAAGCAUCUUCCACCAAGAACAAUAGGCUAUCCGUGGACUCUCGUUUAUGGUACUGGGAAGCAUGGCACAAGCUUGAAGACCCUUUAUCGAACAAUGACAGGUUUAGACACCCCAGUACUGAUGGUGAUUAAGGACAGUGAUGGGCAGGUUUUUGGUGCAUUAGCAUCUGAGCCAUUUAAAGUGAGUGAUGGCUUUUAUGGUACUGGAGAGACCUUUGUUUUUACAUUCUGUCCAGAGUUUGAGGUCUUUAAGUGGACAGGAGAUAAUAUGUUUUUUAUCAAAGGAGACAUGGAUUCACUGGCUUUUGGUGGCGGAGGAGGAGAAUUUGCCCUUUGGCUUGAUGGAGAUCUCUAUCAUGGAAGAAGCCAUUCCUGUAAAACGUUUGGGAAUCAUACACUUUCUAAGAAGGAAGAUUUUUUUAUCCAAGACAUUGAAAUCUGGGCUUUUGAAUAAGUACAAUGCUCUCUGUCUUAGCAGGAUAAUGGCCCAAACCUGACAUGAACAAGCAUUGUUUGGAAGGUUCAAAAAGCAAUACAAUGUAACAUGUCACUCGUGCUUUAAAAUUAGUUUGUAUCACCUUUCGUUACAGCUACAAUUUUGGAGUAUAUUUUUCAAAUCAUGAUCCUGUCCCAGAGUUCUUUAUUAGACCAUGGCCUGGGUCCAUGUAGUAUAAUAACAACUUGGGUUUUGUCAAUAUUUUGGCAGCAUUUUGAUUAUAGUGACCACCUUAUUUUUAAUUUGUAUUAUCUGAGUCUCCUAAGAGGAUGGUGCUCUUUUUUUUGAACCUAUUUUGAUUUAUGUAGAUUUUUUUAACCAUAUUGAUUCUUUCAGUAGAGCAGUCUAAUUGGGGCAUUGAGGAAAUGAAGAUUAAAUAUUUCUUUAUCUGUGAGGUUAACACAAGUGACAUUUGUGAACAUACUCCUCUUAUCCUUAUGAAGGAAAAACCAUAUGCCAAAAUAAUACCUACUUCAGAGACCACCAAGUUCUAGUUUUGAUUCACACCACAAUAUUCUUUCUAUUAAUUUUGCAGAAUUCUGGUUAUAAUAGACCACAGUGCACAUGAUCUGCAGGUUUGGGCAUAUACUUUCAUUAUCGAAUUAUCUGAUAAAGAAUUAUAAAAUGACAAAGGAGAAUGAGAACUUAAUGAUUCUAUUGUAUUUAAUGUAUCAAGUAAGAAAUAUACUAUUUACAUAUUUGUAGUUUAGUAGGGCAUUAUCAUAAGUACAAAAACUAUGAAACAGAUACAUAUUUCUUCAACAUAUUGUGUCAUGUAUACUGUUUUAUAGUUCUACUGUUUUAGCCUUGUUGCACAUUAGCUCCCAAAAUGUAGGUUAUUCCUGUUGAAAAGGAAAAAAAAAACUUGUGAUUUCUUUUCAGUGGUAUAUAUUAUUAAUUACCAUUAGGAUUUGCUCUUAUAAAAGGGCGAUGAUUAUAAUAGACAAUAUUGUAACUCAGUAAACUUGUUGAAUAUGCAAACUUACUGUCAAGUGACCUCAAAAAAAAAAAAAAAAGAUAGAAUACACUAGUAGUUCUUAUUCUCUUUUGUAGGAAAUCAAUAAAAAGCCAUUAUGGCAAUAAUUCAUCAGUCAAUUUUCAAGCUUCAUGUUAUGCAAAAAAAGUAACAAUCCUGCUCUUUUACAAGUGACAGUGACUUUGUGCUGAAAUUUCAGCUAUUCCAGGUAAACAUUGUAUAUCCUGUAAAUUAAUGUUUAAAGGUAGUUUUGUUCUUAUAGAAAGUGUUAAUUGCCAGGUUGCUUAUAGCACUUUAAAUUAUUCUACAAAUGAAAUUAUAAGCCAAAUAUGUUGGCUUACGUAGUUUUAGUUGUAUAGCAUUUGAAUACAUUUAGUUCUUUUGAAAGUUUAGAUAAUUAUCUAAAGAAAACAUAAUGCUAACAAAAAACAAAAUCUGAUGUUCUGUUAUAAUAUGCUAUUGCUGAAUAUGAAUAGAAAUAUAGAAGGCAUCAUUUUCUUGUCUAUGUAAAGCUCUCUCAUUAUAAGUUAGUAACAGUAUAUAGAUUAAAUGUUUACAAUAUAGGCAAUUGUAAAUAAAUAUAUCAGUUUUUCCCCCUUUGGUCUUCCACAGCAGUAUUAUUGUCUUUGUGGAGUUGACUAAUCAUUAAAAAAAUAAUAAUAAUAAUCCUGUAAUGGAUUUCAACUACAAUAAGGUCGUAGUGGUGUAUACCAAAUAAAAUUAAAUAUAUAAAUACAAA